AUGGACCAUGGCAAGAUAAGGCCUGUUUCUGACGCCAUCCGCUCGGGCAUCGUCGUAGUCGAUGGGACAGACGUUGUCCGUGAGCUGCUAGAGAACAGUAUUGAUUCUGGCGCCUCGUAUGUCACGAUCAGCGUCGCGUUCGAGCACGGUUGCUUAGACAUCGAGGUUGUUGAUAACGGCUCAGGCAUCGGUCCACCCGACUUCGCAGCCAUGGGACGUCGCCACUGGACAUCCAAGAACCUGGAGGAAUCAAAGUUUGGGUUCCGUGGCGAGUCGCUGCACGCCAUCAUGGGACUGUGCACGCGAACAGAGAUCGUCAGUGGUAGAGAAGGGUGUGCAUGGAAAAUGCACUAUAUUGGCACAACCGCGCGUGAAAACCCCCGUCAGUGCGCUUUCGACGGGGCCAGCGGGACGCUGGUGCAUGUGUUCGAUGUGUUUGGCCGGCUGCCGGUGCGCAAACGACAGUUGGCUGCCGAAUGGCGUGAGAUGACCGCGAAGCUGAGUAGAACGGUGUUCUCUGUGUUGGUGGCACGGCCGGGGGUCACGGUGACUUUGGAGCGCAAUGGUGUGCGUGUGUUUAGUGUUACCAACCAGGGCGGCGUGGCAGGGAUUGUAGGCUUGUUGGAGGAGCUGUAUGGCCUCAGGGACGCUGUGGAGCCUAUCAAGGCCAGCUUUGAGGAUGUAUGCGUCACCGGCGUGUUGGGGCCUGACGUCGGGAAAAAGUGCCAGUUCCUAUUUCUCAACGGCCGUCUGCUGGAAAACAGAAGCCUGCAGAGGACAAUCAGUCUCCAACUGGGGGCACGGUCGGGACUCUAUGUGUUUGACAUCCGUACACCACUCGAGGAGUCGGACCUGCUGCAGAGCCCAAGCAAAAAGGUGUUCAGUCCCGUGCUGUUCGACAAGAUCAAGGCUGUGUUGGAGGAGGUGGCGCGCCGGUGGAUUGACAGAGACAGAGCUGUGCGUUUGCAAAAAAAGGCGCGUCCGUCCCUGGGGCUCUCGCGUUUUUUCAGUCCAGCCAGUGACGUGGUGCUUGACGGGCCCACCAUCGGGCGCAGUCACGUGGUUGCCCAGGUGGAGAGCAAGUUUGUUCUUGUGCGCAUCGACGGCGUACUAGUGGCACUGGACCAGCAUGCGUGCGACGAAAGAGUGCGUGUCGAAGCCCUGUACCGGCAAUGGACGGCCAGCACGCACACUGUUGCGGUGUGCAUUGAGAUAACCGUCGAUGCAGGCGAGAUAGAGCGGUUCGCGCGCUUUGCUGCCGAAUUGAGUCGGUGGGGCAUCAAAUACCGCCAGGAGAACGGAGUAGUGGUGGUACAUGAGAUCCUGGCUCUGGUGGCUGAUAAGGACGCUGUUUUUUUGCAGACCGGCGUGUUGCAAUUUCUGGACGACCUGGCGUCGAAACGCAAACGCACCUGCGCCUCGAGCGUCGACUGGUGGGUCGCCACUACCCAGAUGCCAGAAAUGUACCACGAGACCAUCCGUUCUCAGGCGUGUCGGGAGGCAAUUCGGUUUGGGAAAACGCUGGACAAGGAUUCUCAGCGCAGGCUAGUGGCCGACUUGGCGCUCUGUAGGGACCCAUUGCACUGCGCACACGGCCGUCCGACAUGUGUUCCGUUGAUAAGAUGGCUAGAUAAAUAA